CGUCGAAGGCAGUUGAGUCGGUGGUGGCUACAUGUGGGUAUCCGCCGGUCACGACGAGAACUUUCCUGUCGGGGAGCAGAGCACGUUAACUACCUCGCGUGGAAUCCUCGCGGGAGCCGUGUCGUAUCGCGCCGUGAACGAGAACGAACCGCCGUCAGCCAUGCAGAUGGACCCAACGACGUUGCAGCUGAUCCAAGUCCUCGAGAGGACCGUCUCAUCGGAUAAGAAUGAGCUCGUGGCAGCGCAGAAUUUCUUGCAGCAGGCGGCCGAAGCUAAUCUCCAUGAAUUCGUGCAACGACUCAGCGCUGUGCUGGUCACAGUUGGCGCGAGCCCUGUUGCCCGCAUGGCAGCGGGUUUACAGCUCAAAAACCAACUUACCUCCAAGGAUCCCGACAUGAAGUAUCAGUACCAGCAACGCUGGCUCACCAUCCCUGUCGAGACGAGAGAAUAUAUCAAGAAGAAUAUUUUAGGAGCACUUGGAACGGAAAACAAUAGGCCAAGCUCCGCGGCACAAUGCGUUGCUUAUGUUGCCGUUGUCGAGUUGGCAGUGGGACAAUGGACUGAAUUAAUUCAAUUGUUAGUCAAUAAUGUUGUCAACCCGUCCAGUACCGAGAUGAUGAAGGAGGCUACUUUAGAAACUAUCGGAUAUAUCUGCCAAGAAAUAGAAAGCGAAGUGUUAGUGUCACAAUCAAAUGAGAUUCUUACUGCUAUCAUUCAUGGCAUGAAGGGUUCCAGCACGUCUAAUCACGUUCGACUAGCAGCUACAAGCGCCCUAUACAAUUCGUUGGAAUUCACCAAAGGAAACUUCGAAAAAGAGACGGAACGAAACUUCAUAAUGGAAGUUGUUUGCGAAGCCACUCAGUCUACUAAUACUCAAAUCAGAGUAGCUGCGUUACAGUGUCUUGUAAAAAUUAUGUCACUAUACUAUCAAUACAUGGAACCAUAUAUGGCUCCAGCACUGUUUCCUAUUACUUUAGAAGCUAUGAAAUCUGACAUUGAUGAAGUAGCACUUCAAGGAAUAGAAUUCUGGUCGAACGUGUCUGACGAAGAAGUGGAUUUAUCGAUGGAGGAAGGCGAGGCGUCGGAAGGAGGCCGCCCACCGCUAAAAGUCUCACGGCACUACGCUAAAGGUGCUUUACAAUAUCUAGUACCAGUGUUGAUGAAAAAAUUGACUAAGCAAGAGGAGUUUGAUGAUGAGGACGAUUGGAAUCCUUCAAAGGCUGCUGGAGUUUGCUUGAUGUUGCUGUCCUCUUGCUGUGAAGAAGCCAUUGUUCCGUUUGUUCUUCCCUUUGUCAAGGAUAAUAUUAAGAGUCCCGACUGGAGGUAUAGGGAUGCGGCUCUAAUGGCGUUUGGUUCGAUUCUCGGUGGUUUAGAACCAGCCACAUUGAAACCAUUAGUGGAACAAGCUAUGCCAACUCUUAUCGAGCUGAUGUACGAUAAUAGCGUAGUCGUUCGCGAUACCGCUGCGUGGACGUUUGGCCGCAUAUGCGAGAUGAUUCCAGACGCUGCGAUAAACGAAACCUAUCUGAAGCCAUUGUUGGAGUCCUUGGUGAACGGAUUGAAGGCAGAACCGCGGGUUGCUGCCAACGUAUGCUGGGCAUUCACGGGAUUAGCAGAAGCGAGUUACGAGUCUGCUGAGGCGAGCGAAGACGGUAAUCAACCGGAAACGUAUUGCAUGUCACAAUACUUCGAUUUUAUCAUUCAACGACUUUUGGAAACUACCGAUCGACCCGACGGGGCUCAGGCAAAUUUAAGGUCCGCCGCAUACGAGGCUCUUAUGGAGAUGGUGAAGAACUCACCGCGCGAUUGUUACGUAACCGUACAAAAAACUACAAUGGUUAUACUUGAGCGACUUCAACAGGUAUUGCAGAUGGAAUCGCACAUACAGAGUCAUUCGGAUCGCGCCCAGUACAAUGAUUUGCAAUCGUUGCUUUGUGCGACUUUACAAUCUGUUUUGCGUAAAGUAACGACGGAAGACGCCCCACAGAUAUCUGAUGUAAUAAUGACUGCUUUGCUGUCCAUGUUUAGCUCAAACUCUUGCAAAUCUGGCGGAGUGCAGGAGGACGCGCUCAUGGCUGUCUCGACCCUGGUUGAAGUAUUAGGCGAAGGUUUCCUAAAAUAUAUGGAAGCAUUCAAACCCUACCUUUGUCUUGGCUUAAAGAACUAUGCUGAGUAUCAGGUGUGCUGCGCAGCGGUUGGUCUCACUGGUGAUAUCUGUCGUGCGCUUAAAGGCAAGAUGCUUCCUUAUUGCGACGAAAUUAUGACUCUGUUGCUCGAGAAUCUAAGCAAUAACGCCGUUCAUCGCUCAGUCAAACCACAGAUCUUUUCGGCGUUUGGUGACAUCGCCAUGAGUAUCGGACCAGAAUUCAAGAAGUACUUGGAUGUUGUAUUACAGACAUUAGUACAGGCAUCGCAGGCUAAUGUGGAUAGAAGCGAUUACGAUAUGAUCGAUUAUUUGAACGAGUUGCGCGAGGGUGUUCUUGAAGCUUACACUGGCAUAGUCCAAGGUCUCCGCGGCGAUGGAAAUAACUGUCCGGACGCCGCUAUUUCUCUCAUCGAGCCGCAUGUGCCGUUCAUCAUACAAUUCAUUACCUCGAUUGCGCAGGACCGCGAACAUUCUGAGGGUAAUGUAUCGGCCGCGGUGGGCCUGCUAGGUGAUCUCGUCAUGGUUUUCGGAACUAAGCUGCUGCCUAUGGUGGAGACUGAGCCACUCAAUGAUUUAUUGGUCAAGGGCAAGAAGUCACGCACUCACAAAACUAAACAGCUGGCGAGUUGGGCUGCGAAAGAGAUUCGAAAGCUCAAGAGCACUGCUGCCAAUGCUACGUCCAGUUGAUCACCCCACGGUUGUACUGUCGUGCAAUUUGAUUUGACUAGAAAGCUAUCAAACACAAUACAAAGACAACAAGAUUGGAUGGUGCGGAUGCGAGUUGAUGGAUGUGCGUGAGUUCCGAAGCGAUGAUGACGAGAUGGGGUGAUGAGUCUGCACGUGUCCCUAUCUGGCGACGGUAUUUUAUCGAUAUGAUAUAUCGAGCGCAGCCUAUCCUUUGAUCCGAGAGAAAGGGAUUUUUAGUGAGAAAGCGAGAGCGAAAGAAAGCGAGAGUGAGAGAAAGAGAGAAAGAGCGCGCGAGACAAAGAGAAUAAAAAAAAGAAAAACAAAUACCUGUCUGCCAGAUGCCAACAACGGAUGACGAGUGCAAGUGGAUGUUGCCGAUGAAUGAAUCAAGGUCAAAAAUCUACCAAGAAGAGAGAGAGAGAGAGAGAGCGCGAGAGAGAAAGAGAUGAUUCUGGUUGCAAGUAUGCCUGUGGCUUUAUCCGUGUGAUUGAAAGAUUAAAGCCCAAGAAGAGAGAAAGAGAAAUUGAAAGAGGAUGACUUCGAUGAAUAAUUAUGAUGAAGUAAGAGAAAUGAACGGAAGAGAAGACGAGAGCGCGACAGGAAUAUCAAACGAGGUGGAUGGAGAAUAUACACAUACGAGUGAGGGAGAGUGAGAGCGAGAGACUCAGGGAGAAUUUCCGAAAUAAAGUGAUAGCAUGAUAGAUAUAAAAGAGUGAAUGAAAAAUGUAGUAAAAUGUAUGAUGUAAUAAUGUAUAUACGUGUAUACGAAUGUCAGAGAGAAUGUGUGUGUGUGUAUGUGUGUGAGAAAAAAACGAGUCUUUUAUUUACAGUGACUCACCGUGUUGACUCGUUGUAAAGCUCGCAACGAGUUUUUCAACGAUGUGCAUUUUGAAUCGCGGUUUUUAGCUAUUAAUGCUUAGAAUUGCGCCAAAUUUAUCCGAGUAAGAAAGAAUUAUAGCUUUCAUAUGAUGGACAACGGAAUGAAACUUGAAUGGACAGUAAAGAAGAGAGAAAGAGAGAGAGAGAGAAAAAGAGAGACUGAGUGCGAAAGAUCGGAAAUAUUAUAGAACUUAAUCAUUUAUCCGAUCACUUGGUGAGAAUCCACGUGAGAAUCCGUGUGAUUCGUUGUAUAUGAGAUGAUGCGUAUGUUACUUUUUCCCCGUAUGUGAAUGUCUGUUGCUGUUGGUUGGAUAAUUAAAGUUAAUGAUUUGAUGGCACAAAUGAUUUAGUUAUACCGAAGUCCUCGUCCGGCCUGAACGUCCGUAAGAGCAAAUGAUCUCAAAUGCUCAAAAACUAUCCCCACAAUUUCCUUAUACUCUCUCCCUUUGUACCUAAAUCUUGAUACUCCAUCGUUAUCGUGUAAGUCCUUUUUAGUAGUCGGUCGAAUGUUUCACGCGCGAUCAUGGUACUCACGAGUAGCAUCGCAGACGAGGAGCUUUUCGCACUGCCAUUUGGAACAACGCUGCACGGCUUGUCCAGACAUUUUCUAAACAUUCGUUUCUUCCUUCCCCUCCAUUUGUGAGACGUCUGGACUACUCGAGAUCUUUCCUAGGUGAGAUCGUCUUCCUGGCCGCGCGUUACUAUGCAGGAGUGCUCGCGCGUUCGCACGACGGGAGUGUCCCUUCGCGGAUCGCUGGAAUUUUAAGGAGUUACCGUGAUCGCGUUUAAAUCGACCAAAAUUCUCUCGGACGGAUAAUUGACAUAGCCUAGAGUCGUAGCCUGGAGAGAAGUAGUGGAUUCCUUUCAUAAGAAGGAAUCUAAGUUUGUGGUGAAAUCGCACUUCGAUUUAUGCGAGAUCGCCAAGAGUAUCUCUUCCAUCUUCGACCAGGAUGUCUCAAGUAUCCUGUACCUCUACCUCUGUUUAUACUAUAUCCUUGAUGACGAACAGUCAGUGCCGUGUCGACCGCGAAUUAUCAUCGUGAGUCUGUACUGUAGAGUCGCGAAGCGCCUCCUCUUUUCUAAUCGUGGCGAUUUUUAGCGACAUUUUGCAGUAAUAAUGCAAUACGAAAUUAUGUCACGUCGUCGUCGUCGUCGUCGUCGUCGUCGUCAAGAAACGUGUUUGCGGUAGUGCCAUGCAUUCCAAAUGCUUUUGUCAGCAGAUCCUUCUGUCGCAAUUUGAAUAUUUUGUAACUUCGUAUUAAUAUAUACCUUGUUGAUAUAUCCUUAUUUACAUUUUUAUCGUGAUUUCGAAAUGAAAGGAGAUAGCAACGUAGUAAUAUAUAAAAGAAUCUCUAAUUUUUUGAAUUUUGAAUCAGACACGUGACAAACUUACUUUGACAAAUAUCAACAUGGGAACAUAUAAUUUUGGAAAUUUCGGUCAGUAAAGAAUGUAAUGAAAACGUCGCGUAAAUUAUGUUUCGCCGGUUUAUCUGUGUCCCUGAAGAUCAAAACUCUUAUAUCUUUAAUCUCAUCGACGAGGUCAAUACAUUUUCAAAACGUGUGCUCAACUUUUAUAUUUAUGAAUUAUUUUAUACAUGUAAUACAUAAUAAUUGAUUAUAUUGAUAACAUUAAUUAAUAUAUUGUUCUUCGCAUAAGUGUUGCCACGGUAUUUCGUAGCCUAAAUUUUAACAAGAAAAGUUUAGAUACUUAACUGGCACAAAUUCUAGAAAAAUCUCUUGGUUUUUAUUGUUUGUUUAAGGGAUGUUGUACGUCUCAAUUUGAUUUUUUAAAUCCACGUAUCUAUUAGAUUCAGUAUUGAUGACAGUGAUAAUAAUGAUACUAUUUUUGCUUAAAUAAUGUUGCCAAAUUGUAAAUAACCAAGUAAAAAAUAUUUAAUCAUCAACUUGGAAACUAUCGAGUUAAUAUCAAAGUUUAAUAAUAUGGGAAAAAUAUAUAUAUCUAUAUAUAUAUACAUAUUGAAGCUAUUUCUCUAAGAGAAGACUAAACUAUUUUUCUAAGAUGAGAUCUUUCAUAAAAAUUACGAAGUAAAACUUCUUGCGAAAACAGGAAAAUGUUUCGAGCUUGUGGCAAUAUUUAUUCGAGCCGUUCUGUACAUAUGUUUUAAGGCGAUUAUGUUGCAAUGAUUUUCAAUAAUCUGUCAAACAUGUAUCUGUAAUAUUCUUUUUUUUCAUUAAAUUAUAAACUAUUGAAUAAUAUCAAAUUUGUAAUAUCAAUCAAGCGAUUCUGACAGGUGAAUUUAAUAAUUAAUAAUUUCCUUAUCUUUUUUUACGCUUAUAUAAAAAUAUAUUUAUUAUUCUUAUUAAAAUUUGAUGCCCUAAAUAUUGAAACUUGAAAUUUGUCAUAAUUAUCUCGGCAACUUGCUAUUUUAACACGUUUAUCACUGACGGCGAUUAGUUAACGAUUGCAAUUAUAGAAUUCUAUGAUCGCGAUGGACUCGGUAAAGAGACGCGAGUAUAUUCUUUUUUUUAUACAUUCCAUUUAGCAGAAAUUAGGUAAAGAGAGAGAGAGAGAGAGAGAGAGAGAGAGAGAGAGAGAGAGAGAGAGAGAGAGAAAGAGAGAGAGAGAGAGAGAGAGAGAGAGAGAAUCAGAUGAGGAUGAGAAUGUCACAACGGAAAGAACAGUGAUGCUUGUCUUUCUGUAUCUUGCAAAUAACUCGAUUAUUCGCCUAUUUUUUAUUCGUAAUCGAGAAUUUGCAAUUUCUAUAUGUGAUUAUCGCCGGAAUUCGCAGCAUCCCGAUCUUGAAGUUGAGCUUGAUCAUUCUCUUAAAACAAAUCUUGCUAAACUAUAUUAAAUCGUAACGAUUCUAAGAAUCAGUCGCGUUAUUAAUAUUGAUUAAUUGGAUUAAUGUAUAUAUUUAGAAUUUUAUUAUUUAACAUUACUAGAAAAAUCACGUUAUUGGCAAAAUAUUCUUGAAGUAUAAAUAAUUUAAUCUAUAUUCUUUUAUUAAAAAUUAUUCUAUUAUAUUUUAAAAAAUUUGAAAAAAUUAUACAAUUUAAUUUGUUGAACAAUAAAAAAUGUUUUAUAAGAUACAAAUAUUCUCUUUAAACUUCAUAAAUUGUCAUAAAUUAUUUCAAAUUAAAUUAUCGAUUGUUUCUUUGAUCGAAUGUUAUAUAUUGAGAGUUAUUGAAUAAUAUGAUUACAAGUAUAAUGUAAAGCGCAGGAAUUUUAAUCGCUUUAAUUAAAAAAAUUUAUAUUUUUUAUUUAACCAUUAGUCUAUUUCCAAAAAGAUUGUCUCAAGAUUUUACUACGUGAAACUGCCGCGAAUUGCGUCGUAUGAUUUGAUAAGGGGAAAAAGGCAGAAUAGAGAAAGUGUAAGAAUGAAGCGUGAAAUCGUUAUUGAAUGAUGAAUCAAAGAUUUGUGAUGUGAGAGAGAGACAGAGAGAGAGAGAGAGAGAGAGAGAGAGAGAGAGAGAGAGAGAGAGAGAGAGAGAGAGAGCGCAGGAGACGAAGCGACGAGAUACACAGAAGACAAAAGAUACAAAAAUACAAAAAAAGAAAAAAUAAUAGAUAUAUUUGUGACUGUGAUUUUUCGGAGAGAGACUCUCGUGUGCGAGGAGUCGACGUUCUACCCUGAAGGGAGCACGGUCCUCGCGACUUUUUGCGAUCCUUUCGUUGAUCGUACAGACGAAACUCUGGCGGACGAUCCUGAUCCUAGCAUAUCCUACGAUCGAAGCUCUUCUCUUUUCCCUCUACCUCGAUAACCUGAUCGAGCCUGAAACGCACACGUCGGGAUCGUGGCCAGAGAGAAAUCUGCUUUCGAGUACCGUGCUCCAUCAGGCUGGCUUCGUGAUGUGUACAGAUAUCCUCGUCGAACGAAUAAUCCUUAAUUCCCAUAGACUAUACUAUUUCUUAAUCAUAAUCCCUAUUUUUUUAUCAGGAGAAUUUAAAGUCUUUUUAACAGAGCUUCGGAUGAUCCGUGAAACGAGAGAAGUUUAUAUAUAUACAUAUAUAGAUAUAUAUAUGUUCCAAAAAUUCGUAUACCAAAGAUUUCUUAAAAGUGAUAGGAGAUUAACACGAAAGUGUUAAUUCACAACGUGAAAAAGAAAAGAAAUUAUCGGAUCCCGACGCCGCUCUGUGAGUCAUCGGAAAUGUUUGCGCAAAGUCUAUUAUUUCUUUAUCAUUUUUCCGCCGUAAUGACGUCUUUGUGACGAUUUCGAGGAAGCGACGUAACACGUCCUUGCGGCGGAAGAUCCUUGAUGCGUGAUGAGACGGGAAUUUCUCGUUGGCACGCGGAGCCAGCCUGGGGAACUUAUAAUAGCACGACAAAGCGACUUAUCUUGUCGACUAAUUAGUUGUUUAGCCUUUUCAUCGUCGAGACUCCUAGAGUGCGUGCGAUGCUUACUAGAGCGAACGUACGUGAUAUGAGCGUAUUUUACGUAGUAUAUUUAAAAGUCGUGUGCAUUACGCUGUAUCAGUGAUGAUGUGCGCUGUGAAGUAAGUAAGUUUACUAAGGAUGCGUCGAUGAUGAUUGAUGGAGCGGAUCGGAGAGAAGAUGAUAGUGAUGAUGAUAAUAAUGCUGAUGAUGCUGAGAUGAUGUUGAUGUUGAUGUUGAUGUUGAGGAUGAUACAAAUGAUGAGGAUGUUGAUAAUGUUGGCUCGUGAUUCGUCGUGAAUCGCGGCGUCACGUUCGAGAAGAGAGAACGGAUCGUCGAUGCAUAGGGAAACAGAAGGCCAAGCAAAUAUGUAAAAGUAAAUAUAAAUUUUGUAUCGCGAGGCGGGCCGGAUCGCGCCGCUUGUCGGCCUGCGGGAUCGAUGGCAAAUUUCUCAAAGAAAUGUGAUCUCUAUAUUAUUAAUAUUAUCUCUAUAGCGCUCAUAUAGCGCCAAUACAAGUGAAGUACUGAUGUACUUUUGAAUCAAAAUAUAACGAGGUAUUAUUAAAAAAAAAAUAUUUUUAAGAAGUACUAAGAGAGAAGAUCAGUUUUUUUAUCUUCCUCUUUUUGCUAUUAACGCAAUUGAAUUGAUAUUACAGUUUAUUUGAAUUUAAAAAAACCUUGCUCUAAAAGCGGCCGCGACAUGCCGUUUCCGAAGUUUCCAAGUGAUUCCGCGGGCUCGCAAGCGUUCUCGCGACCCGCCUUUCGCCUGCGGUGUCCUUGUACGUACGAGACAAUAUUUUCGAUAAUAUUUUUUAACGAUCGAGUCGCGAAACACGAGCCCAACGCGUAGAUCUGUUGUUCGAUGCUUGAAACCGCGCGGCGGUGGCGACGAGUGUAUCGCAGGAGAGUCGAAGCGAGCAUCUUAUUUUUUUCUUCCUUUCUUGACGAUAUUACCGAAGGAGAGUAUUCUACUCGGAGAAACCGAUCGUACUUUAAAUUCGCAGAACUUGCGAUUAAAGUCCUUUCGUCGCAUCGUAAACGAACUCGCCACUACCGGAGAGAAUUAUUGAUGCUGCUGAUCCGUCAAUUAAAAAUCACGUGUUCCAUAGUAAUUAAUAUUGUUACAUAUUACAUAUUAUACCGAACAAAAAUUUCAAUAGUGCAAUAACAGUAGAGGAAGUCUGUCGUGGGUCUGGAUAAAAUUCGAUGGGUCUCUCGCUUCCGCGAAAUCGUCGUGUUGAUAAAACGAUCCCGCCCAGACUCUCUGCGAUCCACAACGUUUUUCCGCGGCGAGAUACCGCGAGCGACGUCACCGUCGCGAUGAAGUGGGCGAACUAAUUUAAAAAAAAAAAUGAAAAAAAAAAGAGUUGCAUGCGUGGAUGACGUCUGGUGCGCUGCGCGAGAGAGUGCUGCUGCCGAUCGAGAAAAAGCGAUCGAACUGAUUAUAAUUGGACGCGUGGUGGGAAGAAAAUGUGUUUCUGGGCGACCUGAUAAUCUGCGUGGGUGAAGCGAGAGAAGAAAAUAAAGGGGACGAUUCUGAAUGUGAACGUCCGCCUGCCGUCGUUGCUCCACCCUCUCCUCCAAGCAAUCUCCUGGCACUCGAUCCGCCGAUCUCUUAUAGAAUAAGGCUCCUUCGUGUCGCGAUAAGAGCAAAAAAAAAAAAAAACCACGGCCUAUUCUCACGUCGCGAGGGGACAAAUAUCCAUAAUUGCCGACUUUCGGCAUGGCCCUUCGCAGAUCGGACGUAAUCAUUAAUACUUGCUCAACUCGAUGCCCUUUUUGCGUCUGCGAUCGGUAUCGAGCUAAGGGAAAAGGCACCAAAUUCGUUCGCGCCUUGCGGACAUUCAUCGUUUUUCUAACGGACGAAUAUAAUUAGAAGCAAAGGGAAUUAUGCUAUUUCGAGAAAUGUGAUGUUACAGAAGAGAUUUUAUUUUGUAUAAGGGAAAAUUUACCGGGGGGGCGUAAAACUGUCGGAUUUAUUGCAGCGUGAGCCUAUGCCACGUUUCCUAAAUAUAAUACGACAUAAAAAUGUUUUGUGUCGCAGACGUGUGCUUACGACGACACAAAAUGGCAAUCAACAUAUAUAGAAUAGUAAUUAGACUUGGGAUAUCGCGUGAUUGGGAUCUGGAUAAAGUAAAUGCUAGAACUACAACGAAGAUCCAUCUCAGACUGUACGGAGCAUUUACUCGGGAAUUCCAUUUAACGUCAAGUAAAUUCCGAAAUUCUAGAGAAUCAAGUGAACGAAGAGUAAGAUUUAAGUUUAAGGUUUUUUUCGAAAAACAGUUCAUGUUUGGCCUACAAUUUUAAAAUUGAAAUAGGAUAGUUUGGAAGUUACUGUUCGCUCCAUUUAACUUUUGGACUUGUUUUGACACAGAAAGCUCCCUAUCUUUUCGAAGAAUUUCUUUAAUUUAUCAAAGAUAUCAUUACUUACUGUAAUUACAAUACGAAUUUUAAAGAAGCACGUUUCUUCUUUCACUUGCUUCUUCGAUUGCGAGUUGCUCCUGAUGGUCGCGAGGAGCUAAUCGGAUCUUAAUAGGAGAGGGUGCGGCAUGUGUCCACGCGGUGCGAGAACCAAGUGCACCGCGUUAUCGUUUUAUUCCUAUUCGGUUCGAGUCAGUCGUGUGGUGCUUGCGAGAAUUGUGUUUCCUGUGGUGAUUUAUAAUUGACAACGACAAUGUGACUUCGGCUACAUCGCUUACGUGAGUGUCAGAGCGAUCGUGGAAUGAUUGGGGGACGAUUCUUCGGGAAAUGUGUCUAGCGUAUAAUUGGUCACAUUAAUGAUCGUUCGAUUAGCGGCUCUCCACGAGGCCCUUAUGACACGGAGAAAUAUCGCGGCGCAAUAUCGUAACUCUUCGCGAAAACGCGAAGACGUUUUCCUUCGGCGCCCGUAUACGUCCUCGAUGCACGGGGUCCACGUUGCAUCGCACAGGAACAAUUCGAUUUGCAUAUCAUAAGACAUUAAUGUGGCUGACUGUACCGAUGUGAGUGCAAGAGACAAGAUAAUACGAAUCGCCAAGCGACAGUGCCAUAUAAUAUCGAGUCAUUUGCUGUUUCUUCAUCGAUUUAAUUUGCCUUUCUUCGGAAACUGAGCGAGCUUCGGAAGUGCGGGCGAAGCACUCGCCUGUCGUCCGGGGAUGCGAAUAUCGAGAGACUCGAGAAACGAGAUUCAAUCGGCAGAAAUUGUGAAUUGCUUCCUAUUUUUUAUUUAUAUUGGUUUCCUUUUCUCUCAUGAAAAACAUGAUGACCCGAAAAUAAAUUCCAUUUGAAAUCUA